GCCAGGAAGAUUAUGAUCGCCUUCGUCCUCUCUCCUAUCCUCAAACAGACGUUUUUCUUGUCUGCUUUUCUGUAACUUCACCGGCUUCCUUUGAGAAUGUCAAAGAAAAAUGGUUUCCUGAGGUUCAUCACCAUUGUCCUGGUGUUCCAUGUCUAAUUGUUGGUACGCAAGUAGAUUUGAGGGAUGAUCCCACGGUGGUUGAAAAGCUAUCGAGACAAAAGAUGAGACCCGUAACUUUUGAGCAAGGUGAAAGACUCGCCCGAGAAUUAGGGGCUGUAAAAUAUGUUGAGUGUUCAGCUUUGACACAAAAAGGUUUGAAGAAUGUAUUCGACGAAGCCAUUGUUGCAGCCUUGGAACCACCGGUUACUAAGAAAACACGCAAAUGUUUACUUCUGUAG